AUGGCGGCUGUGUCUGGCGGCCAAAAUGCCUUACAAUUUGUACCUUUUUCAAGCGCUGUUGACGCAGCCUUUUGGCACAGACUUACUCAGAACAAGCUGGAAGUAUACCAGUUAGAUGAUAAACCGAAACCUCUCCAAGGAUAUUACGUAAACAGUAAGGGGAGCUUUUGCAGCAGUUCAAAUUAUUUUUAAACACAUAAUUUUAAAAAAAAUUUAUCUAAUAUUGACUACAUUUUAUGUUAUAUCUCAAAAGUAAUGAUAGCUAAGACGAGCACACAUUAAACGCACCCAUCAAUGGUUUGCCCGAGGAUUUCAAAUGUCAAUUUCCCCAUCCUUCUAAGGAUCUUCAGUAGGAAUGAAAUUCCCUGGCACCUCUGGGGACCAUAAUAGUUUCAUAAUAAUUUCAACGAACUAAUGGACAUUCACAACACUUAAUUGCAGCCCUCAGCAUCGCCAGAGAGUAGUUACUUGGUGGCAAAAUAAUGGUAGCUAGAUAUUUAGCAUGGUUGGCAAUUUAACACAAAUUCUAUACUUCUAAAAUACUUGUGAACUGUUUCACACAGUAUACAGCAAUGCAAAAAUGUGCAGUGCCAGAACAUGUCAUCAACAAGAGGGGUUAAUGUCUAAGGGCUGAUGUAAUUGAGGUCCAGAAUUUCAUUUAAUUUGGCAUUUUGAGUAUAGUAACAAAUCUAACUCAGAAUUACAGGACUAUUUUAUCAAUCAAUCAAUCAAUCUUUAUUCUCCUAAGAUAAAAAGACUUAUCUUAAGUUACAUCAGCAGUUGGAAAUCUAAACCCUGGGGGGUACUCCCAUACAUUACCUAUACGAGUAUGUGCCGCCCAACGGGGUCGUGAUUUUGAAGCUCCUGAUUUAGAACGGGGUAUCCAUUUCAGAGCUGUUUUCUAGGACAGGGUAUAAUAUUUCGAACGCACGAAAACUUCAGUUUUGUAAGCAGCCAUUUGAAAUUAUUUAUUUAAUUGUUGCUGAUUAUGAAGAGGCAUUUAUUUAUUUUGAUGUAUAAGUCGAACAAAUAAAGACAUAUCUUUUAAAAAAAACAGGGCUAUUUCAAUUUACAAACUUUCUAGAAUGGAGUAUAAAAAAUUGGCCCAUUUCUAGAACGGAGUAUCAAUUUUAAGGCGAAUUUCUUUUUAGAAUGCGGUGCCAAUUUGGAGUCCCGGGCGGCACAUACCCACCCAAAAAAUACCCAAGUGCCCCCCUCCCCCCGGGAUCUAAACGUACAUAAGUCAUACUGUAUGCAAAUAAUAGAAAGAUCAAAGAUUAUAUCUAAAAAUAAUCCUAUUUACAAAAACAUCCUUAAAUCUAUCGGUCUUUAUAUCCGGGCGAUGAGCACUUUUGUUUCUGAGUAGAUACUUUCUUUCUUCCUUCUUCGGAAUGAUGUUACUGAGUGGGCAAUCGGGAUCCACUGAACCUACCUUGGAAAGCUUCUUACCUGCCUGUUCUAAAAGUUCUCGAAUGUCCAUUCUCUUAGAUGUGUAUUUCCUUUUAAAGCAUCUAUCCAGGAAGUUUUUUAUGACCAUGAGAUCUGAGUCUGCAACUCCAUAAAGAGGCAGACCAUAAGUGAAAUUCGGUAAAACUAAGGCGCUAAAUACCGGUAGGUGGUCCACUUCACCUUGACUGAAACCUUCCUUCCAUAAAGAUCUUAAUACAAACACAGUUAUUUUUAUGUCUGUACAUAUGAUUUUUUUAUCUUUCGCUUUGACGAAAACUUGUCGCAGGGUGGCAUCCAGUGAAAACAUGUAAGUCAAAAGCAAAUUUUGAUAUGAAUAGGGUAUAUUUGUGUGAAUAUGGCUUCUCAAAGCUGUGGGACAAAAUACCUUUUGUUGUAAAAUGGGCAUGAGGGAAACUUCACCCCAUGUAAGGGAAUCCAGAAUCUGGGAAAUUUUUGCUUUUGUAAUCCAUAAUCCAGGAAUCCUGGAGAAUCUGGGAAAAUUUUACUGACAAAGAAUCUAGAAUCCAGUACCUGGAAUCUGGAAUGUGUGGUUCCAGAAAAUAUCCAGACCCCCACCACGGAGGGAAUUGGAAAUUCCAGUAAAUCCACGAAAAAUCCAGGGGGUCAAUUCAUUUCGUUUUCGACCUGAGUUCGAACAUUGCUUCUUACCGACCUGGUAGAUCAUUUUUAGGACAUAAAUAACUUGAAAUAUAUCACUUAAGAUUGUUCCUUUUGAUCUUAACCAGGUUUCCUUUCUUCAAAAGCGUUAUGGAUGUAAUUUCUGUUUUAUUGCUCGUGUAUUCGGGCCAUUACUCGUUACCAGUCUCCCUCAAAACAUCAACGCGUGCAACACAUCACGUUGCGUCAAUAUCAGUAGAGUGGCAAUUUUGCCUCACGAAGCACAAGCUAUACAUUGUAACCAUUUUAAAAUGUAGAAACCCAUUUUCCAAUUUUGUGGUUGAAGGUGUGGCAUGUUCAUGAUCGAAUUCUCGCUGAAAUGGUGUCGAUUUCACCAAACAGUUUCGCGCAUCAUGUCGCAUCAGUCGAUCGAAAAACAGAAAUUGAACUAGAAUUCCAAGAUACAUUGCUACCAUUUCAGAAUUCAGAAUUUUUAUUCUUCUCUUUGUUUUGAAAUUUUGUGGUCGUAAGUUUGACUUGUUUUGCAUAAAAUGGCGUUAAUUCUAUCAACAUUACGCCCAUGAAGACGAAUAACAAAUCGUAAGCUUGCCCUGAUUAAGGUAAAUUCACAAAUAUAACGGACUUAUUAACUUUCUCUGUUUCAUUUAAAGUAAGAGAUGAGCAAAAAUUGCGGAUCAGGUUUCUUUGUGGUGGUGUAGUGCGUUCUAAUGUUGCGAGAUCACUCAAAUAAAUGGAAACAGAAGCAUACAAGCUUCUGAUGGAAACCGUUUCGUAGUAACCAUAAAUGGCUUCAUUCUUCUACUUUAAUAGUCUUUCUUCGUGAAAAUGAACUUUUCCAGAGGGGUUGGGGGGUCUUUGUCACACUUGUGGAAAUUCCGAGGGGGUGGGGGGUCAUCAGUUCCCUGCAAAAAUGGAAAAUCCAGGGAGGUGGGGGGGUCCUAAGUGAAAUUCCCUCCGUGGUGGGGGUCUGGAUAUUUUCUGGAACUACACAAUCCACAGUUAAAAUCCAGAAUCCAAGACUGUCUUGGAGCAAGAAACUCAUCCAAGUAACUACUGCGUAUUUUCCAAUAUGGUGGACCGCCUUUUGCUCUUUCCCAGAUCUUCUCCACUUUCCAAGAGGCGGCUGAGUUAAAUUUCCAACCCUGGGGACGGUUGUGGAUGUCAAAAUCCCUACUCGGAUGCGCUUCAUGAAGUCAAAUUCCCAUGGGUUGCCUGCCCUGCCCCCCCUCCUGGGGCAAACCAUUGUUAGUUGCAAAAGUCGGAUUGAUUAAUAGUGUGUUUGUUGGUCAGGCUCCUGUAUAAACAAGCUGAGCUGUCAUUUCAGUCAAGAUACAGUACAGACAAAUGUACUUAAUAAUUAAAAAUUUGUUUAUUGCAAAACCUUGCCAGGCUCAGGUAAAUGGGCAGCAGUCAAAUUAAAGGAAACACAAAUGGACGAACUUCAUAAUGUUAUUAUGGAUUUCCCUAUAUAUAGUCCUAGCCCAUAGGACUGGGACUCAGGUUGAAUGUUCAACAGUGUUUGUAUGGUUUCCAUUUCUUUGCAAAGUGAUUGCAGGGUACUGUACUUUGUGACUGUCACCUGUACUGUGUUACUAAAAAUUUUCCGUUUUUAUGACAGUACACUAAUUCUGAAGGACCUGAGGGAGUACUUAGUCCAUGUGAAAUCGUUAUUGCAUUCUGUUUCAGUUCAAAUGUUUCACACUAUAAGCUAUAAAAUAUAUUUUUUGAAGGUAGCUAAUUUUGUAUCAUUGAUUCAAAGGAACUUUGACAAUUGCAUUAGACUUUUUACAGUGUAGCGAGAGGGCAGGCAUCGGCGGUGUAGAACAGUUUGGGGAGGGAGGCAAGAAAAAUAGAGAGACUGUCCUAACAUCACUGCAGCUUGAAUUCACAUCUAGCAUGUUGUACCAGCAAUGCGGGUGUUUGAUUGGUCUUUGGACAAUAGAUGUUAAUUUGCAUUCAACAACGGGUUUAAUUUAAGCUGCUGGCACUGACAAGUCGCCUUUUCAAUAAAAUGCUUUCAUAAUACCUGUUUGCCCAACUUAAACUUUUGUGUUUUUUUUGGAUCUUCAUUAUUUUGGGCUGACAAAACUGGGGAAGGAAUGAAUUUCUGAUUGGCAUUAAGUAGGGCAGACUCUUAUUGACAUUUUAUGAAAGAGGGAUGACAUUCCUGGAUUUAGGAAAGGUCAUUCUACGACACCUGUUCCACAUCUGUUUUAUUAAGCAUACAUGAUGACAUAUUGAAAGCAAUGAACCUGAGCGAAUGCACUCUGCUCGUCUUUGCCGACUUCUCGAAGGCAUUCAACACUGUAAAAUAUACGUCUGUCUUUGAGAAAGUGAAUGCUCCUGGUUUCUCAAAGUCAUGGGUUAAAUGGACAGUCAACUACCUCUGUGGAAGAGAGCACUUUGUUCAAAUUGAUGACCAUAUUUCAAAACCUAUUAGCGUUAACUUUGGAGUCCCACAAGGCUCAAUCAUAGGUCCACUCAUUUUUAACAUAUAUGUGGCUGAUCUGCAAGGAAAACUAGAUUGUGCUUGCCAUCAAUAUACGUACGCUAUCAUGCUUUUGAAGCAGCCCAGCCAAGAGAAUGUUGUAACACAGUUUCUGCCAAAGAAAUUGAAAUUAAAGCUUAAAGAUAGAGAAAGAUGACCCAUGUCAGAAAUGUAUGGCUUUUUAUCUGGAGGUUUAACCACUUUAAUUUGUGAUGAAGCAAGCAUGCUUGCUGCUUCAAUUAGGAAAAAUAAUGUUUCAACUGUGCAUGUUAGCCUAUUUUAUAUGGAAGAAUGUCUUAUAUGUAGUAACUGUAUUAUAUAAAAUCACUGUUCCGAAAGGAGAUGUUUGUGUUUGCAAACAAGCAAAAUCGAUGCUAAAAGUGUCUGGCUUGUUUUUCAUCCCAAGCGGAGUUUCUUAAUUAAUGAAUGGUAAAAGGCAUGAAAUUCCUGUCACCCCCCCUGAAUGCAUGCUGCAGUGAUGUUAGGAUAGUCUCUCUAUUUUUCUCACCUCCUCCCAAACUGUCCCCUGCCCCAUAAGUAGUUUAGACACUCAUCCGAGAUAGCUGCCCAUAAUGCAAAGCACUCGAUCUCGACAACUGUUUGGAAAAAUAUUGGACUGUGAACAGUCUAUUCUUGUAUCUGUUUGUAUUAAAUAGCUUUGAGCUAUUAAACUUGCAUUGAAAUAAAUUUUCUCUUUUUCCUACAUGUAGGUGAUCCGGCUGGUCUUCCAUGUCGUUUCAAUUUGGAUUAUCAUGCUUUUUCCACGUGAGUUCUUUUAACCCUGUUUUUAUUCUUUUAAGUUAACUUAUAAUGAUUAUCAUAAUCAUUAUCAUACUAAUUUUCAUUGUCAUUGUGUUAUUCCAAGCAUCCCUUAAAUAUUAUUAUUGUGACUUCUACUGUGGACUUGUGCUUGAUAUAUUAAAUUGUGCAUGUUAUCAUAAAGCUCGCCAUUCAUCUCCUCUUUCUGUUUCACUGUCCACUCACAGAACUGUUUAGCAGCUGUGCAAGGUUGUUAACAACCUGUGAUAAUUGCCACAGUAGGAUACUUGCCAAGUAUUCCACCUUCGUAUUUGGUACAAUGAAAGUAAAAAAGUACAAUUAAAUUGACACCACUCCACCAUGCUCAGUUGGAACCUUUUGCCAGAAGGAAAAGGAUGGGUUGAUCAAUAAUGACAUGAUACAUAAGGCAACUAAAGCUUUAAUAACAAGGUAACUCACAAGGCCUAAAACAAGGGAAAACAGGCAAGAGAGGCAAGAAGUACUGGCGUGACCUCUUUCUUGUACAUGUAGUCUCUUUAUCUCGAUGACAGAGCACUGUGACGGUUCUAGCGGAACAAAUAGCAGACAAUUCACUCAUUUCAACUUAGUUUUAUUCACAUGAAACUUGAAUUGCAGUACCCUGGGUGCCAGAGACUUUUCUAGCGCGGUUUCCGGUUUCUGUCAAGUCUUUAUAGUGACCCGCGCGAAAAGCCUCUGGAGCAGAGCGCUAUUGCUUUGAUGGCGCCGAUCCAAUCGUUUGCACGGUUAAAUCAGUUGGUCCAGAUUUUGGACAAGACGGCUGAUUGGCUACUAAAGACCACCUGAGGGACCUUCAAUCUAACAGACACUACAAUUGGUUGACAAGAAUAGACCAGCACGUGAAAGAAUAUUUCCAACUUUAGAAGUGUUGAUGUUGUGUUGUGUGUUGGCUUUGGAAAGUUUUGGAAGAGCAUGAUAAGCAAUGUAUUAGAAGGACAAGUUAAAAGCUAUGAGCAAACAAGUAGAGUGUUUAAUUUUAUUCAACGCAAUUAAGCUUUUAUCACCAAUUCCGCUUUUGUAGUAAUACGGUUUAAGCUUUACUAAUUUCCUGUUUCAAACGAUUACAACAUGUUUUGAAAUAGUUUGUAUUGAUGGAUUAGGAAUAUAAAAACAAAACAUGUAUUUUUAGUAUAAAAGGGGGGUCAGAAGGCAACACACGACUUUUACCUCAUGCCAAAAUGCUGCUUGUUCCAAUGAAUUUUUUCCGUGACGGGUAGAUUAUGCUCUGGAGAAAAACGUUUUGACUGAACAAAUUUGAUUUUUGCCGAUUGUUUCAUACUGAGAGGUCGUGACAUGCACAUUGAUUUUCUGCGGUUAUCGUGUCUGGUCGGCACAUGAUUUGCCCUCUGAUGCAAGAGCAUUUUCUUUGACCUCUUUUGAAAUGUUAAGCUCUUCAAUGUGGCUAAAUAAGGGUUUUAGGUUGUUUAAUUUCUCCAAAGUGCCUCCUGGAUCUGAAUAAUUAUAAGCGAUUUUCUUUUUGUCCGUGAAAGUGACGGUUUCCUGCAAUGUUUUGUCCCGCUGGGACCAGCUUGUUAGCGUUUUUAGCAGGAUGUUAAAUUCUCACGGAUAGUGAUUUUCAGAUCCAAAUCUCGGAGAAUGGGUUGCAGCUUAAACUGAAGCUACAUCAACUAUGGAGAACUGCGAUGUGACCCAGUCAUGAUUGCUCUUAAAGCAAUGAAUUUUAAACUCGAACUUGUUUUGCUAAGGACAAUGUGGGUCUUUGGACACUUCUUCAUGUGCCGGCCCAUAUGAUCACAGUUGGAGACUUUCAAUCUGAUUGGCGUAAAUGUAAUCCGAUAAAAAAGCGCAAAGGUCAACAGGGACGGUAAAAAGCACCGCUCCGUGCCAGAGGUUUUUCUCACGGCUUUGGCCUACGGCCGAAGAUGUGUUGGCCUUUGGCCAACACCGAAAAUUCCCGCCGCACGCGAGAAAAACCUCUGGUACCCAGGGUAGAAUUGCAGUGUAGUGAAGCAGAAAAACGUGUCGUGACUAACAAAUAUCCUAAAAUAUUUAACUUGUUUACCUUUAAAUUCAAAAAGUUAACAGCAAUGCCUAACUCACAAAGUAAUCAGUCUUUCAUUGUUGCUUGUAGUGGUUGAAGAUGAAAUACCAUCCUUAAUAAACUUGACAAAAUACAUAACAGGCAAAAACAGGGCAGUCUACUUUCUUCACCAAAAAGCACACGGGCCUUAGCCUGCAAGGAACAAUGGGUAACCACAAAGUCUGCAAAGUCUAAAUUUAUUGCGGUGAGAAAAGAAAGAAAAAAAAUGUUGAACAAAGCUAACUUCCCCGCACAAACGUAGGCCAGAAGGAAUUACAAUAUACAUAAAUGGCUAACAUAAGCAGGGACAGCAGAGCAUAUUUGCAAGUGGGAAGAGCGGGGGGAUGGGGGGGGGGGCUUUGAUAACAAAUGCCUGAGAUGCGUGUUUGUAGGGGGGUCUUGGAGCAUCCUCUAGAGGCUCAGAAAUGGCGUGAGAUAUUUCUUUUAAAAAACUCUGGGUAAAUUGUAAAAUGACAGGAACUUCUAGUGCUUACCGCAAUAUCAUGCACAUUUUGUAAAGUUGAUACAUAUAUUUCUUAGCCUUCCAUAUACCUGCCUUUAGUACACUGGCCUGCAUUUUUAUUCAAGCCCUUCAUGUGCUGGGAAGGAAGCGCACACUGGGAAAAUGUUAAAACAUGUAAACACGAAAAGUUUUCUACAAGCAAAUUGCCCAUUUCUUGUAAAAUCUCGUCACAAAAUAAAGCAAAGUUAUCCAUCGAUCUGAGAAUGUUAUAGAAUGAUACCACUAAAGAACACGUGUGCACUCUGUGAUUCCUUUGUGCCAGUCUCCGGUAAAGCAACUUUUUACCUGACCUUUUUCCUUUCCUUUUCUUCCUCUUUACUCCUCACAUGUACCUCAUACUAAAAUAAAAUAAAAAUUCGUCCAGAAAAGUGGAGGUGGGGGGCUGAUGAGAUAUGUCCAGGAUUAAUAUGAAAGUUACAAAAUUUGCAAAACUUUGCAACACUGCUUUCAAAAUUGCAAAAACAACGAAAUUUUUCUAGUCUAUUGACAAAAGGGAUGAGGGAAUGUAGCUGAGGCUGAGGAAGUCCCUCAACGAAACAGCAAUAGUUACGAAAACUACAAAAAUUGCUAAAAUAACAAAAAUUAUGAAAUUUUGCAAGGCCACUAAUGAAAAGUGCUGAGGAAAUAUAACAGUGAAAAUUAAUGGCCUGGCAAAAUUUCAUAAUUUUUGUUAUUUUUUGCAAUUUUCAUAGUUUUCGUAAUUUUUGAAGCACUGUUGCAAAAUUUGCGAUUUUUGUAAAUUUUUUAACGGAGUUCACUCCUGGACAUAUGUUUUAAGCUCUUUUACUGAGUGUAACAUCAUCUUCAAAUCUCUAGUCUUUGAGGAAAUAGCUAGGAAAUUAUACUCUCUGGACCUUGAACAACCCCUCUCUUUUCAGUGCAGGACUGAAUGUCUGCCAUCCAGCAGGCGCAAAAAUGGGAGAUUCACUCCGUAAAGCUUUGAUAACCUCAUCUAUGAAAUGGUGUUCGGAGGGAGAACCCUUCAAGUGUAUGCCAAAACUGCGAUAAAGCAAAUUUAUUUGCUCUAAGAAUUUGUACAUUGUUUUGCAGUUUCUGGAUCUCUUGUCUUCUUUGUGGUCACUCUUGUAUGAUGUUUACGACUCUUAUAUUUAUGCUUUCACAUCUUUCCCAUUUCAACAACGUAUUGUCAAUAUCUGAAGGAGGUCAACACAAUCUUAUACCCAGAGUCUUCAGGCUUUCUGGUCAGAGGGGCAACGCAUUGCCCCACUGACCAAAAAGCCAGAAGACUCUAGGUACGAGAUUGAGGUCAACAAAGUUGUCUGAAGACGUCUCAGAAUCUCAGAAGCUCAGGCACUUUAUGUUCAGACAAUCAAGUAAGGGAGAUGUAAGGUCACAUGAAGCUUGCAUACAGAAAUAGGUGACUGACAAGAUUGUUCCCAGGUCUCCCCGCAGUUGUGUGGGCAUGGGACUCUGUAAAUUUGAUAAAUGAAGUGUAAUGCGAGGCCUUAACUCUUUUUCUGAAUCUCAAGAAAAUUGACACAAUUGACUACUAUUUGGAUUCAAAUUGGUGACAAAAUUGACUAAGCCACCCUUCUUUGAUGCUAAUUCUCAGCUUUGUUGUCACUGUUGUCAUUUGACCAGGGGAGGUCGUAUCUUGUAGCCAGGUGAAGUAUCAUCCAGAUGUACGUGAAGAGAUCGAUCACGCUCUCGUGUAAGUUCUUGGUGCAGAAGUAUCCCCACAAAAUCUUAUUGGUGAUUCCGUGUAGCCCAAGGGCCUCCUUCUGUUCAAUCCACAGAUUGUACAUGGAUUCCCUAAGUUUUAGGCAUUAAUUUUGAUGCCUUGUGGCCUCCUUAGACGGCCCCUAGCCGGGUGGCUGUCCGCCGUAUUGGCUGCCUUUUCUACAAAGUGUGACAGAAAACCAACUACACAGUGCCCUUGGAAAAAAUUUUCUUUCACGAAUGUGAAUCACAAAGAUAGUUCAGAAACUCUAGAAAGAAUUCCAGGGGAAACAGGACCUUAAUAAUGCCUAUAAAUUGUUGAAAGAAAGGAGCAAAUAUCAAGGUGAAAUCACUUCGAUUUUCGGGGGCCCUGAAAAUGGCAAAUGAAGAGCGUGAGUUCGCAAUGCAAACUGGGUGGGUGAGAUUCUUUAAGCUCUGUUGCUACUUUUUGGGCCGUGCCACUUAGAAGCUACCCUCACAUCUCUGAUAUUCCUGAACUUGAGCCCAGUACCGAAACAGCCUAAAUGGAGAUCAACCCUCUAUUCCUCAAGCUUGUCAAACCUUUUUCGCUGCUUUCCUUGAUUGUUUAACAUCUUUUUAGCAAAAUGCAAGCUAGGAAUGACACCCCCACUUUGUUAGAAUCUGCGUAUCUGUUUGGUCCCUACCAUAAAGGAACUCCGGAAAGAAUUAAAGGAUAAAUCUCAUGAACUGUGCAUGUGUGAGUCGAAGUGCAAAAUUAUGCAGAAUUUUUCAAGAUUGAUCUGGCAAAAACAAAAUGGCGGCAACAAGACAGUUAGUGGUGGAGCUGGCCAUAGUGGUAAAAGAUAAAAUUCGGGUUGCAAGAGGACAAUCUCUGAUCUGAAGCAGUAUAAAAAGAUUGGAUUUAGAAGAUAAGAUAUUUCAGUCGUGGCUCCUUGUGAAAUUAGAGGCAGGAUAUGAAGGUUCCAGCAAUCGUAAUUACCCGGCACAUUGACAUACAGUGAAACCCCGUCUUACGGCCUCCUUGAUGCGGUCACCUUUUUUUGGCCGCGUGGCAAAAUGGCCAUACAUUUUCUUGUAAAAAACCCUCGUUAAUAUGGCCACCCGUUAAUAAGUCCAAAUUUUUUUGGCUCGUUGGUGACCGUAUUAACGGGGUACCACUGUAUUCUCAUUCUUGUACAUUUUUUUAAUAUUUCAGCCGAAAAUCGGCAGAAAAGUAAGGAUAUUCAGCAUGGACAGGAAAAACAACAUUCUUAUUUAAAAAACAGAGUGUACCUGUGAAAUUUAACAUCCUCCAAAGAACACUAAUGAGCUGGGUCCAGGAUGACAAAACAUAUAUUGCAGGAAACUAUCACAUUCAUGGACAUGGGAAAAUCAAUUGGUUAUUCAGAUCUAGAAGGCACUGUGGAGAAAAUUAAACAAAGCAAAACCCUUAUUUAGCCACAAUAGAGAGCUUUACGUUUAAAAAGAAAAUGCCCUUGCAUCAGAGGGCAAAUCCUGCUCACGAUAAACAAAGACCAGAGAAGAAACUCAGUAUGCGUGCCAUGACCUCUCAGUGUGAAACAAGUGGCAAAAAUCACAUAUUUAUCUCAGUCAAAACUUUAAAACCCUCAAGAGCGUAAUGUACCUGCUAGAGAAAGAAGACGUGUUGGAACAAGCAGCAUUUGGGCAGGAAGUAAAGGUCAUGUUGCUGUUCCCUCCUCUACAUGUAGGUCUCUCCCUCUCCCCCUCUCUCUCCUAAUAUUUUUUCAUGCUCUCUUACUUCACGCAGUACUCCACUAUCCGAAUGCCUGGAACUGGCAAGUCAUGUGUUGACAGCAAUUUCCCAAGAAUGUGCAGCUCAUCACAGGGUGCAAAGAAAAUCAUUUUUACAGCUUGCCAUUCGGGCAAGCUGAAGCUAGCAUUUACUAGCCCAGACGUCAUUUCAACUAGCCGCAAAAGCUUUUCGUCGAGCAGAAUUGAUUUCACACUUCUUCUGUUAUUCGUAUUCCUCAAAGAACAUCACUUGCCCGUCAGGCAAGUUAAAAACAGAUUUCAUUAGCCCGAUAGCAAAAUCCACUAGCCCCAGGCUAUCAGACACUACUUUCUUUGCACGCUGCAAUUCAGGGCUCAAAGUUAGCAACCAGCUGGUCGCAGUACAUGCAACUAGAUUUUUAAUUGUGUGCCUAAAAAUUCAUGUGUGAUUGCACUUGCGCGCCUAAAAAUCCUGGAGAUUAGUAUAUACGACUGAGCUUCUCACCACUCAACUCUGCUUUCUCACCUGAUCAUCCUAAAAUGACUCCGACUGGUUAUAGACAUGAAACAGAAGCUUGAAAUAAUAAAUUCAAUUGUAGGUAUGAGAUAAUCAGGCUCCAAACAAUAAAGUUAUCAUUUUCCUUGCAUCAGCGUGUGUUUUAUUUGUCUUUUUCUGCUGUGGUUCUCCGAGUGCUCCAUGUUUCCAUUCCAUCCCAGCCCUUUUCGGUUUGGCGAAGACUCCGCUGACACAUGCGAGUGAAGGCCACAUUUAAAAACACGUGUUUCUCGGCAAUUGAGUUCACGGGUCAAUGUGAAAGGUCAAGCCAGAGGCAAGAAUGUCUAAACAACGUGGGUUAAGAGACUUUUUUCUUCAAGGUGAGAACAAUUGAAAUAAAACAAUGAGUAAAAGAAGACCUAAUCUGCAUCAGUAUGGAAGGACCAGAAUUACAAGCUUUUAACCCAACUCCAACAGUUGUCAAGUGGUUUAGCAACGGUAAGAGACCAAGGCGUCCCAACCUUGCUUACAGAAGGUGGCCAGAUAAACUAAUUUCAGUUGCUUACUCAUGGGACUCAUCGGAUUUCGUAUGAUCGAGUUAAUGUUGUAUUAAUGACGCGGUUCUACGUCCAAGUCUAUAUCAGCUUUAAACUAAAAGUGUAUUGCAAAUCAAGUGAAAGUUGUGAGCAGUAAACUGACAGUGUAUAUUUUCUUAGUUAUUCACGUUCAUUUCAAAGGAAAUGAAUGCGGAAUUUUUCUGUUGCCUUGAAUGUACCAUGAAGUGUAAUACUUCUUGAGAUUGAGAAGGUUAAUUUAAAAAAAAUUAAUGUAACAAUAUUAUUAUCUCCAAUGUAGAGUAAUAGCCUGAAGGUAGGAACAAACACAGAUUCAUUAAAAAUAAAAGAUAACAUGCAAAUAAAUGAUUACUUAUACAACGUCUGAGCUUUCUGAUUUUUUUUGGUGCCACCAGUAUUUUAAACUGUGCUCCUAAAAUUUUUAGCUGUGCACCUAGAAUUUUGGCAGUGCCCCUAGAAGUUUACACCUGGUAGCACAAGUGCUCGCAAAGCCAAAAAUAAUCUUUGAGCCCUGCUCAUGAGACUACCUCUUUAACCAAAUUGUGGUUACCAUUAAUUCACUGGGAGUGGGUCACAUUAUGAACAAUGUGAUCAACUACCCCUUCAAUUUGCAGAGUUGCCAAGCAUCCCCAAAUCAUCAGUUGUUAAAAUGGCCAAAAAGGAUCUAGAAACCCUUCCUAAUUGGAGGGAUGCAUUUAACAGUCCGACAACUGUUAGAAACCAGAGGACAAAAGACAAUGUGGGAAUACUUCUGUAUGCAUACACGCCUGUUCUGGUAAUUUUCCAAGAUGUGACAAAGUCACUGUUCGGUUGACCAGCUAAGCAGUUUGAUUGUGUGAUUGAAUUGUAUGGGACUUUAGGGCCAAUUAGCCUACUAGAGCUACUAACAGCAGUGCGCACCAUUUCUUCAGCAUUUUUUCAAAUCAUAAUGGUCUGGAUGAACUUUUGUAUUAUUUGAUAUGACAUAGCUGUGAUGCCUGGGUCUUUCAAGUGCUGAUCUACAUAUUCUUCCACCCAUUCCUGAUGAUGAUGAUCACCAGCAGCAGCAUCAGCAGAACAUUGUCAUCAUCAUCAAUGAAUGUAUUGGCAUUUGGUCAGCAGGGAUUGAUCUUCUCAAGAUCUCUAGGGGUCACUGGCUAUGCAAGAAGGCCAUUAAUUCAGUCCAUUUUUGAUUCCCUUUCACCCUCCCAAUAGUGCGAGCUGAUAAAAGCAAACUUGAUUUUUGGAUUGCUCCAAAUAAUACAUUUAUUCAAAGUACUUUUUCUUAUUUCUAUUAUUGACAAUUUGUUAUCAUUUUUCAGGGACAGGCGUGUGCCUCUCAAGACAUUUCCACUGCAAGGUACUUUGAUCAAUACCAACACCAUUGAAGCAUUUAGAACUCUUGAUAAAAAGGAGUUGAUCCAUUCAACUGGAAGACAGGUACUCUCUAUUUUAUAUGACCUAUGAUUUACUUAGUGCCAUUGGCUAAUAUGAUAUGUUUCAGGGAGAAAUUUGAAAACGCCUCCACUGAAAUAAACAGAGAUAUUAUUAUUCACACUAAACUGACUGACUAAUCCCGAUUUCUUAAACCCUCCAAUUUUUCAAAAUUCUCAAUGUUUGAAACCAAACCUAACUUCCCUUCACCAGUCAAAUACUGCAAGUUUACCUCAAUUUUUUAAACCUUUCAAUGAUGCAAUGACUCCUUCAAUUCAUGCAUGCAACCAAGACAGAGGACUGGAAAGUUAUUGUGAUUGUCACAUUACCGGUAACCAGUAUGAACCAUGUUACUGUAUAUAUAUCCCAAUUCUCGAUAACAGCCAUGUGGAACCACGUCCCUUAUACAACUUGUGGCAUCAUUGGUUUCAGUACUCAUAAAGAACCUUAACACAUGUCUUUUGGAGCUGAAUGAGAGCAAGUUGAGCCAAUUCAGCUAUGCAGACCAGAAAAAAUAGCGAAAUUGUGUAGUUUUGACCUGAAAUUCAAAUGAAAAUCUUGUUCCACUACCUACUCGUGCUUUGGAACCUUAAAAAUAAUUUCUGGAUCAUUCCUUAGGCAGUUUUGAGAAUUGUUUCCCACUGACACAAGAAACCUAGAUAAUGCCCUAAUAAAUAAGGGAAAAUGUGGGAAUAAAGAAAAGCAAAGGAAUCAGAGAAGGGAGGUGCAAAGGGGACAUGUCAAGGGCAGUAUGACUUUUUGUCCAAAAACUAUGUACAAAUUUUGCCUUUUGCACGUGCUGGGACUUCUAGAGCUCUAAUAGGGGUAUGAUCUAUGUAAAUUCAGAUAAACUGGAAAACAAGUACUUGUAAAUUUCCAAGUGGAAGAUAAAAAUUUUCUAUCCACACUAAUCUAGAUAAUAUUACAGCUGUAUUUAUUCACUUCAGUAUGGAUGGCAAGCCUUGUAAGAACUACAUGUAGACUCACUGAAAGGCGAUUUCAACUGGGAUGCAAUAAUACUGUACAGCUGCCCGCCUCCUCUCACAAAAAAUCACUCCUAGACCAUAAAUCUAUUAAAGCAAAUCUGUAGACAACCAUUUGCCAAGCAAUGAGACUAUGAGAUGAACUUGUGUGCAAAGUUCUUAAAGUUCCUGUUUUCAUUGGACGAGUCUUCUUUAUUCUAAUUCGAGAUUUAGACCUCCAACGAAGCAUGUCAGAGAAAGAAAUCAAUUUUUAAACGGACUCUGCAAAGAUGGACAAACGUGCUUUAUGGAUCACAAAACACCCUCUGUGUUACUGGGUUAAUCAUUGAUAGUGUUCAUUGUCUGACGGAGAAAUCAACUGAUUUUAUAAACUGGGCACAGCCAGCCCAGUUACCAAAGACCUGUGCCGUAAAGGACUAAAUGUGGUGUAGUGCAGAAAAGGGCUUUUUAGCGUUAUGAACAAAGGCCUGCAUAGUGACCUGUAAACAACAUUUUGGGUAGUUUAAUUAAUAAUUGGUUUUAGGCCAAAUUCAGAGUAUAUUAAGCAAAGCUCAUUGAGGCUUUAACUUAUUUGGAUCAGACUUGACAAUGUGUAGUUAUCUAGAAAAGAUCUAUUUUGAUACAGAUAUGGGAUGCUAUAUGUUCAGGGAGAGCUGUGGAAGAUCCAUCAUUGCUUUGCCAGUUUGCACUUCUAACCUUUGCAGUAAGUUACUCUAUCCAACCCUUUCUUUUAUCAACUCCACCAUAACUACCAAAUGGUAAAAUAAAUCAAUAACAAUUAAUUAAUUGUGUCUGACAUUAGGGGAAUGCAACACAUAAUCUUGGGGUUUUUUGGGUGGCUUGAUUUAAGUACAAUGGGACCUCAAUUUAACGAAUCUCUAUAUAACAAAGUCCUCGGUAUAACAAACUGUUUUUUUUAACCCCAGUAAUUAAAAAUAUAUGGAAAAAAACCUCAGUAUAACAAAACCUUCCUAUAGCGAACAUAUUUUCCCAGUUCCGUAGCCCUCUGUCAUAUCAAGGUUCCACUUUAUUUAAAGGAUUUUUUGGCAAUCUGAAGAUUCGUGGUUACCCAGGUAUCCUGGCCUCAUAAUUUGCGAAUAAAGUUCAACCAAAUAAGGUAGUAGUAGUCAGUUUAUUUCUCUCUGUACAGUCAACCAAAUAAGGUACAACUUGUUAUACCCUUUAAUGCUUUAUGGAAAUUUUUAAGGCUCGGAACUUCAGCAUGGGAGUUUUGGGGGUCAAUGUUUGGUCCAGGGAUUGUUUAUUUGGUUUUGCUAGAAGCCCUUGGGAUUUUUUUUGGUUUUGAUUUUUGCCCCCAUUCGAUCAUCCUCGUCACUUGAAUUUCGAAGUACCCCCCUGGAGUACAUACAUCACUUUGGUUCCAUCAAGGUCAAUAAGAUGAUGCAACUAUGUCAAAGCACGGAAUUCUUUGACGUUGGCAAAUAGAUGAACCCAGUUUGGAGUUGUUUUUGAAGUGGGUUUUAUUGCUGAGUUGGCAAUUCUGCCACCUUUCUUGGUAAUCAUACUAGUCAAAUUGAGCUGCAACUUUGUAGAAAGACAAAUAAACUCCAGUAACAUUUGUGUGGUGAGGAAUUUAUCCGCCACGCAUUUGAGUCUAUCAGUGAGUCUCUCUAAGUAUUUGUACCGGUAGUUUUACUCCUCACAUGCACAAUAAACAUUAAUUCUGAGAUAAAGUAUGUUUGAAGAAUUUUACCUGCGUAUCAGUAAUUAUGUGUAUUAUACAUGUAAUCUGAUAUAUUUAUGUGGGAUUUUGUUGGCCAACUCACCCACCAAGCAAGAUAAGUUUCAAACAUGAUGAACUGACCUACACAAACCGAAAUUAUGAAUCAUGAUGAACAGUUCGCACAAUGGUAAAAGAUUUUGUCUGGUUCACAGACAUCUGUAAUCUAACAAAAACCUAAUAUCACGUAAGAAGCCAGGACUAAAACCUUCAAGGCCACCUUGCUUUUGAAGUUUGUAGUGAUGUGUUUAUCUUUUUUAACAGAAAGGAACUUUUUACGAUCUACUCAACAUUUUUAUGGGGUAAUGUAAAAUGAGAACUGUGGACUGACUGCCGAUUUCAGAGUUAGAAAACAAUAGGACCGUUGUUGCCACUUUCUCAUUUGCAUUGUAAAAACAAUAGGUGGGUUCACACUGGACUUUUCAAGUGCACUUAAAGUGCAUUUUAAGUGCACUUGAGACUAACUUUUGUGUGAACAGGUCCUGUUUGACUUGACUGAUCUUCACUAGUCGUACUUAGUUGCCACAGAAACUGCAAAACCUCAAAGUGCUAAAGUGCGCUCUCAAGUAAGGUCAAAACCUUCCUUGACACUGCACUUAUCCAAUCAAAUAAUCGGAGGUAUAUUAUCAAAGUGUCAAUCAUCCUGAGCCUUAAAUUUCACUCUAGCAAGCGUGCAAGUGAGAAAUGAUUAACGAUUGAGGAUACUGAUCUCCACAAAAUGGAGGUAGGUUGUAAUUGGUAUGCCCUAACAGUGCUGUUCAAGAGAUUAUAUUUACUUGUAACCGUUCCUUGUGACCUUCACUGCAAAUAGACGCAGGGACCUCAAUCAAACCAUGUCACAGAGCCCCGACUAAACUCCCCCCGUGUUUAUUUGAGGAUGUAAAUUAACGUUUUUAGCUUGUACACUAGCUUGUCUUGCAACAGUUUAAUAUGUCCUUUUUUGUUUUGUUUUGUUGAUAUCUGUGAUAAGGACCUCAAGAAGUACAAAUUUUACUAUUGGUUUGCUUUCCCUGCCCUGUGUCCUGAUGUUAAUGCUACCAGUGUGACAUCUCCCAUCUUGCUUGCUGAUUACUUCACCAAAUCACAGGUACCUCUGAAAUUAAACUUCUUAGUUUUAUUUCUAACUUUAUAUCGUGUAUUAUUAUUAUUAUCUUCUAAUCUCACACAUUAGGGCCAUUUACACGAGGAAAAAUAAGACGCGUCUUAAAUAAGACGCGAACUUUCCGUAUAAACGGCACAUUUCGUCUAAAAUAAGACGCGGCUUAGCUAAGACGCGUCUUAAUAGAUAAGACAUGCUCGUAUAAAUGGUACAGUUCGCGUCUUAUGUAAGACGCAUCUUAUUUUUCCUCGUAUAAAUGGCCCUAUUGUUUACAGUGGUUUUGAUGCAGGUUCACAUCAACCUUUUAGCUUUUCAUUAUAUUCUCCUUUGUCAUAUAAAUGAAAUGUGACUAUGUAUGUUUGCAUGCUUGUGUGCAUACAUAUUCAUAGCUACCUUGGUGAGCGUACAUUGGUGAAUAACAUGGUGACUGAAUAGACCUUGUCAUGGUUUUCGACGCCAUCUUAGUUGACGAGUAGGCAAGCGUGUGAGAAAUUACAGUGUUUGUAUGAGAAUCUAAUGUCGAAUGAUUUCCGUAAAAUGGCUGUUCUGAAAAAAAUAUGACUUGUAAACUAAAGCUACAAAACAAAGGAUUCUACUUAAAAAUUUUUUGGGGCGUACUUGUGCUUAAAUUUCUCUAGAGGCUUGCUUUAGAUUUUCCAUAUAUUUGUCUCUAAUUUUUCCCUGGACUUUCUUACAGACAAAUGUAUACAAAAUUUUAAAAAGUGGUUCUAGGUCUUCAAGCGCAUCUAACGCCCGCAAUUUUUUUCAGUAGAUUCUUUAGGAGUGAAGCUUUAGUGUACAAUUCAUAUUUUUUUCAGAACCGCCAUUCAACGGAAAUUAUUCGACAUUAGUUUCUCAUACAAACAGUGUAGUUUCUCACGUGUUUGCCUACUCGUCAAGAUGGCGUCGAAAACCGUGACAAGGUCUACACCUUGAAGGUUAUUCUCUUAGUAAUUUUGUCUAGGAGACUAGGUGUCUCAUACAUGUACAGCCAACUCUUGCCCUGCGGACACCUCGCUGUAGAGGACGCCCCGAUAAUACAGACUGCAGCUAAAUCCCUGGCAGAAAUAAAUUACAGACAUUUGACUGAAAUAGACUCUCGAGGUACCUACAGUGUCCGCAAUAAAGGGAGUUGACUGCAUUUAGCUUCCUAGGAUAGCAUAGAAAAACUUCAUGGAAAGUUAAGGUUUAGUUUUAAUGGUCUAUUUUCCUUUUUCCCGGUAGAUUUCAAAGCUUCAAUCAUCCUAUGAUUCCCUAUUUAAUAUUGACGGCUCUAGUAAGUACAUUAUAAAACAUUGAUUUCUUUAUGUAAUUUAGCUCAAAUAUGUGUAGUUGGCCUGCGUGGCACAUGCAUGAGAAAUGAUUUUAGGGAGAGGAUGCAUUGUGCAUCAUUUAUCUAGUGUCCAAUAUAAUAUGUACCUAAACAGUGGAAGGUUUUUAAUAGUUUUGUUAGAAGUGGGUCGAUCGUUUGUUCGACAUUCUGUUGAGCUGUGAUUUACAUGUACAUUCUUUCAACAGGCCCUGCGUUUUUUCUUGUGAAAGUUUCUGAAGGUGACAUUUCUAUGGCUCAUAUAAAAGAAUGGAAGGAAUUUUUUCAAGAAGGUGACUCAGAGGUAAAGGUUUAAAAACCUCAAUUUCUACAAGAGUUUUUCACUCUGAGUUAUUCUGUCUAAUAAAUCUCUUGCCAUCACAGAGACCCUUUUGUGUUAUAGGGAGACUGAGGAAAGGAAAAAGGAAAGUGCAGUUCCUAUUUUUUUAUUGUUAUUUGCCGUAACGGUUUGAUUGAGCGCCCGGGGUGCUUAUUUACUUUUGUUACCUCAAGGAAGGGCACCUGUUCGAGACUGGGCGCUUAUUCAGGACAGGAAGCUAUUUCUUUUUUGAGAAACAACUGAAUGUUCAAAACACAAAAAGGGACAAUAACAGAAACUGUAUCAGUAACAAAUAUACGGUGAAUGUUCAGGUAACGUGAGAAACUCAGACGAAAUCACUGUUUUUGUACUGUUCGUUUGUGAGAAAUUAAAGGAAGAUGAACUUCAGUUGACACGUACCCGUACUCUAAUAUUAUAGUGUAAGACUUGAGGCGCUUAGCAGAAUGGGGGCGCUUAUUAACAAAAACACCUUUGAAGAGGAGCGCUUAUUCGAAAGGCGGGGGGGGCACUUAUUGAAAGGAGUUCGCUAAAUCGAAUCAUUACAGUAUUGGAAUACCCAGCAGGAGCCGCCGCGGAGGAGAAAGUCUAGUAAAAAAAUAAUUAUUAUACCAUCAGUUACAGUUAGUUAAUUUAAACCUCGCACAUCUCAAACAGCCAUGUUAUUGACACAUGCUUUAUACCACUUUCGAUGUCAUCAGUCUUAAUGUUUUAAUACAACUCAUAUGCUCAACUUGUCCCAGAAACAUUUCUUCUAUUCCACGCCGAAAAGAGCGUGUUUGGCGUCAUUCAAACAGGCCAGGCAAAAAACACAAUAGUCAGCUAUCUUGCCUUGGAAUUCCUGCUUCUAACUACAAAAUAGGAAUUUGUAGGUGUUUCCUGUCCAUUUAGGCAAAAAAACAAAAUUUUCCAUAGAUGUGAAUGUUAUCUAAAUACGUUUUGAUUGUCAUUAACCCCCAAAAAAUCACAGCGUAUACAGAAAGUCACUUAACCAUAGGUUACUUAUUUCAAUCUAAUUUGUGCUCUACAGAUUAUGGUAGGAUUUGCUGAUCCUUGUACAAUGCCCCAACAUCCAGGCUGGCCUCUCAGGAACUUUCUUGCCUUGCUUGUUCAUCAGUGGUCAGUUCAAGUUCAAAUUGUUGACUAAGAAAUCAAACGUGUUCUGUUAAAGAUGCAUGAAAAUCUUAAAACGAUGGAGGAUGAACUGUUUGAGUGUUUUAAAUUCAGUUUUUGCCCAGUGUGACUUAGAUGACACCUAACCAUUUUCUCCAUCUCACUCAUUAUAUUAUUAAUCCUUUAAGGUGUUUUAACUAUUUUCAUGCCAUGAUAAUACUGAUCACGGUAAAUUGUAGUAAAACACGCACACAAUAAAAUUCUAGAUAACAACAAUGUCACAACACUCCCACGUUUUCACAAGUGCGAAAAGAACGUUCAAAUUUUGGCGAGAAAGCUAGCAUUUAAUAAGUUCACCCAUUAGCACUUGUUUCUGCAACUUCUGUAGGCCUUAAACUAAGAAACAAUUAUCUUUAGUUUUAGCUUGAUUUGAUAUUGUUCGUUUAAGCACUGUUGCUGUGAGUUUUACUUUACAUUAGCGAGAUAUAUACACUGAUUACCAAUGACAGGGUAACUUGAAUUUUAUUGAUGCAAAAUUCUAGUUAACGAUGAAAAGCUGACGUUUGGAACCUCACUUGUGGCUAAAAUAGCACUAUAUUUACGAGCCUUCCAUUACUAGAGCUCUGACAAAGGGCUAGCAUGCACUUGAGAGAUCGGUUUUUCAAUCUGUUCCAUAGACUACUGACGAGCAGUCUGUCUUUUUUCUUACAAACCAGUUAAAAGAUUUGAAGGAAUCAUUAAUUUACGAACUUGAGCAAUACUCAAGACGAGACUGCUUGGAAAUUCGGGGUAUUCCAAAGAAUUCUAGUGGCAUGCGGGAAGAUACAAACAAAAUUGUUAUUGAGCUCGGUCGAAAAAUUGGAAUUGAGUUGAAAAAAGAGGAUAUAUCAACGAGCCAUCGUCUCCCGAGUAAAGUGAAAGCGAACGGAGAAAGAGCUCUGUUCCCACCUGCCAUUAUUGUAACGUUUACGAGCCGGGAUGUUCGUGAGAAACUUUAUCGAGCCAGGAAGGUCCUCAAGCAAGACUUAGGCUUUUCCAAGGAGAAUAGAAUCUGUAUUAAUGAAAGUCUUACUCAAAGCAACAGGGAUCAACAUGAAGGUAGCAAGGUAAUCCAGAUCACCAAUGCUAAAGCCUUUUGGAAAAGAGGCGAAGAAAUGUCCUACGCUCAAGUAAUGAUACCACCAUAGUCAUGAAUUGCCUUUCCCUUAGGUGUAAAAACAAUAAUGUUGUUGACAUUCAACAGGACAGACUUUGCCUAUUUGCCGUUUCUUGAGGUUACCUCCCCCCCCUUACUAGUAUUGACCAUCUUGCUAGCUCUGAUGUUGAUCUCCACUUACCCUAUGAUCUGAGUUUUCAGUACUAUAUAUAAUUCUUAUCAAUUUCAUGAUAAUCAUUAUAUAAAUGAAUAUUUUUCUGACAAAUGCUUUUCUGCUUUGCACUGCAAAAUUAGGAAAUAACUUGACAAAGAAUAUUCCUAAUGUAAAUAAAUCCCUACUUCAGUAUCUCACAGCUCCAUCCCAAGAUAGUUUCUUUCUACUUUUCACAACAACAGGUGAAAUUGAAAUUAACAUUAUUGGGCUAAAUGCUAAUAAGUUCACCGGGCCUUACAGCAUACCAGUUGCUAUUUUAAAGCUACCAAACAUGUUAUAUCUGCACCUCUAGAAAUUAUAUUCAGUGCUUUCUUUUCUACUGAAAUUGUCCCAGAUUUAUUUAAAAUAGCUAAAGUUACCUCUGUUUUUUAAAAAGGUCAGGCAAACAAGUUUAAAUAAUUAUCUUCCUAUUUCUAUUCUCUCAAUAUUCAACAAACUGUUAGAAGCGUUAAUGUUUAAGAGAAUACUAGAAUUUUUGGAGAAGGAAAUAGUUUUGGCUUCCGUGCGAAACACUCCACGGAUCAUGCUAUCCUAAGCAUCAUUGACUUGAUUCAACAUGCAAUUGAGUGCCAGGAAUUUUGUUGUAGUAUAUUUUUGGAUUUCAGUAAAGUUUUUGAUACUGUAAAUCAUAAAGCUCGAUUGAAAAACUAGAUUAUUAUGACAUUCAUGGUGUAACUGAAGGUUGGUUCACCUCUCAUCUUACCAACAGCUAGCAAUAUGUUUCCUUGGGGAAAACUGAGUCUGAACUUCAACCAGUUUCUUGUGGUGUUCCUCAAGGCUUAGUUCUUGGUCCUGAUUUUAGUAACUGCUCUGAAAUUCUAGAUUUUCAUUUAUUUACAGAUGAUGUCAAUCUAUUUAUAAACACAAAAAGUCCUUAAAUCCAAAGUAAAAAAUGAACUAGUAGAUAUUCAUACUUGGUUGAGUGCUAACAAACUUUCUCUUAAUACUAAUAAGUCAAACUUUGCCUCAUUUUCCACCGUCCACAAAGAAAGUUACCCUUUCAUGUCACACUCUCUUUAAAUGGCAUAAACUUAAACCAAGAGUACUCAAUAUAAUAUCUAGGUAUUAUAAUAGAUUCUAAUUUAUCAUGGAAAAGUCAAGUAAGCUAUAUUGCUAAAACGAUUAAGCGCAAUAUUGGGAUUCUUUCUAAACUUCGUUAUUAUGUGAAUUCAGGUCUGCUGGUUAAACUAUAUUAUGCCUUAAUAUAUCCCAUCUUAACCUAUGGUUUAAUUUCUUGGGGUAACACCUAUUCUUCAACUACCCAGCCUUUGUUCAUUUUACAAAAGAGAGCAAUGCGUGUGAUGACUUUCUCUAAAUUUCAUGAGCAUUCUUGUCCAAUUUUCAAACACUUAAAUAUUGUUAAACUGUGCAUGCCUGACCUUGUCUUUCUUAAUAUUGCAGUCUUUAUGUAUAAAUUUCACAAUACACGUCUACCAUAUGUGUUUGAUACUGUCUUCACACAACUCAAUAAAAGACAUGACUAUAAUACAAGAAGUGCCUCGAAUAUGUUCUAUACUUUACCUGAAGUAAGAACAAUUUAUGGAUAUAUUCAACAUAAGAUUCAAGGACCUCAAAGUAUGGAACUCAAUUAGUGAAAAUUUGAAAACCUUCUCUAUUUCAAACUUCAAGGAAUCAGUAAAGAGCGAUCUUGUCAAAGAUUAUUAGUUACUUGUAUUCUUAUUAGCAGUUGUCUUGUUUCCCAAAUUACCUGUAAAUUAGUCGUACGUGGACUCCCCUCACUAAAUCUGAAGAAAAAGAGAGACUGCUCGCAGUCUAUCUUUUUCAGUCGUUAAUUAACUUUGAUAACUCAUUUGAUAAAACUGCCGAAGUUUAGACUUAUUGUGCGUGGAAAGUGAAGUUUUAAAUCGUAAACAACAUGGCUGUAGCAGCACUAUUAUGUACUGCAGUAUCGCAUCAUUCUGUUGCAGGGGCUCCUUGGUUACAAGUGUCAAGAUUCUUUGCUGGCGUGAUCAAGUGAGAUCUGGCAAAAGAGACACUUCUCAUAGCUUGGUUUUAAAUGUCAAUCUACCAUCAUACACAAAAGCUGGUAAAUAAAGUUAAUAAUGGUGUUGUGAACAAUGCUUGCAAUACGCACAUGUCGUGUAAUGUACUAAUGUAGACUGGUUUUUACAUGAUGUCACCAAAAUUCAAUCGAAAGAAUUACCAAUUUCCCUGCGUUUUUACCUUAAUGAACUUUUGAAGCAGCUAAAGUCUUAUAUUUUUACAAAUGUUUGCUUUAAAAGGGGUUGUUCGUUUUGUGAUAGAGUACACUUGAAUUUCUACACUUUCGCAUGUCGCGGCAUUUAUAUUGCGGCUAAGGGAGCUGUCAUGGAGGUUAACAAGGUGACUCAUCUUGGAGGAUUUUGCUAUCUGAGCAGAACUUGUAUCAGAAAAAGUAUUUAAUGUUUAUGAGUUCCUCAUGCGACGAAGUCACGCUUUUGUAGCCAAGCUCAAUGACAAAAGUUUCUUUUGGUUUCCGGCCACCAUGUCGGUCUGAGAGGGAGAACAACAUGGCGUCUCCAUAGAAAUUGUACUGAAUUGUACUGACCUGAAUCUUUGGGAGGGUGUUUGCAUAUUUACCUCUUUUCAUUUGCCAGAUUGUAGACUUUAUCUAGUAAACGUUUUAUAUAUAUAUAUCUGUCUGAUUUCGUUAAAACUUGGCCAUUAGGUUUUCGCCUGGCGCCGGGCGCAGCCCGGCUCCAGGCCAGUCCGGUGCCCAAAAAUAUAGGGGGCUUGCCGUCUUGGUCGGUACAGCUGGAUAGCCCAGGGACUGCCCUAACAGUGGGUGGGUGGGUGGGUGGGUGGAUCAGGCCCUGGGGUCAAAACUAGUGGGGUAGGGAGGGGACUGUUUUGACACAACCCCUUCAGUAAGCAACAGUGUUCAGUGCAGGCUUUGACUGGCGAGUACCAUGGUCUUAAUUUGCCCUAGCCAGCUGAAUCAGGCCUCUGCUGAGAAUGAUUAUCAUGAUAAUUGCAGAGCUCAGUGGGAGGUGCAGACAGUCACCCAUUGUCCUGGGUGGGGAGGGUCAAAGUCUUGGUACCAAGGACGCACUUAGCAUAGGACCCUUUGACACUCACUGAAGCCAUGUUUUCAUAAAUCCAGUCAAAAUAUAUAUAUACGAGUCAUAAUCCAGUCAAAUAUAUAUAUACAUAAAUCCAGUCAAAUAUAUAUACAGAAAAGAUAAAUCCAAGAAAGAUAAAGCACAAGAAAAAUCAAGAGGAGUGGUGACUGUCCCAUGUGUCCACUCAUUCAUGGAGAAAAUACAACGUAUAUUCACAAAACAUAGGGUAGCCACUCAAAUCACCCUCAGACAGGUUUUAGUUCACCCGAAGGACACAGUUGAUAAGCAAAAAAAGGCUCGAGUGGUGUACAAAAUUCCAUGCAACCAAUACGAAAAGGUAUAUAUCGGUGAAACAGGGAGACAGCUGGGAACCAAGAUCACAGAACACAGAAGGAAGCAGAAAAUAUCUCUGACAGAAAUUUCACAAGAUCCACACGCAGAGCUUCUACCAAUGAGCACCAUAAAUCAGGCAUAACAGAUCAAGUCUGUCAGAACAAUCAUAUUGUGAAUUGGGAAGCAAGUCAAAUAGUUGAGCAGGAAAGCGACAAGUUUAAGCGAUGGAUCAAGGAAAGCAUAUGCAUUAGAUCGAACACUCCUACUAUGAACACGGACGAGGGAGCCUAUCAGCUUUCUCCCAUAUGGACACAAGUGUUUUCCACCCCCAAACCAGGAGAGGGGGCGUCUACAAAAUGACUUGGCGCGUUUAUCACAAUAAUUAACACCUUCAGAAGCCUAUUUAAGGCUUCUGACACCUUUGACGAUUUCCAAGUUUUGACAAAGUUGGCUGCCAGUCAUCGAAACUGUCCGCAUCAUUAAGACUUGAAGACUUUGGCUUUGUUUUUAGAACAUUUAAAGAGAUAUUAACUGUACUAGCCUGAUGAAUUUCUUUAAGAGAUUACCACCAACAACCAUCAUUAGGGAAGCAAUGGUGGCGUAGUGGUGAGAACACUUGCCUUCUACCAGCGUGGCCUGGGUUCAGUUCUAGACGUCUAAGCGACAUGUGGGUUGAGUUUGUUGUUGGUUCUCUCCUUUGCUCUGAGAAGGUUUUCUCCGGGUACUCUGGUUUCCCUUUCUCCUCAAAAUCCAACAUUUCUAAAUUCCCAAUUCAACCAGGAAUGGUAGACUAAGAACUACUAGUAUGUGGAGGUGCUACCUCUUAAGUGUUAUUUAUUUAUUAUUUAUUUAUUUUUUACCGUAACAUUAAUUUAGCCUCCUCCUUUUCCAACUUUUUGUCAUAGAAAUAAAAUGUAUUGGCUGGGAAAAAAAUAAAAGUCAGAAGCUUGUACCGAGGAUGGUGGAUCUAAGUGCCACAAUGGACCCUGAAAGGUAAUCAACUUAUCCGAUAUCACAAAUUGUAAUGAAGUAAAUUGACCAAGUCUGAAUCUUGAUGUUAAUUUGCAGAUUGGCCUCUUCAUCAGUGGACUUGAACCUUAAGUUAAUGCAGUGGAGACUCUUGCCCUCGCUAGAUCUCGACAAAAUCUCACAAACGAAGUGUCUUCUCCUAGGGGCUGGAACGCUUGGCUGCAAUGUCGCACGAUGCCUUCUGGUAUGAACGUAAACAAUCUAUAGUAUGUAAGGUAGUUAUUGUUUUGUUCAGUUUACCGGUCCCUGGCAGGUAUUACCACGCUUGCUUGGUCGGGGAAUAGAAACCAGACAAUAAACAUGCCCUGGUUUUCCACGUUAGGGGUUAAGCGGGGGGCUAACCAUCCACGACUCUCUAUAAAGUUGAUAAGGGUUGCAUGCUGAAAUGUUGGACCGAAGGAUGGAUGGCAGAAAAAAGAGGACUGAAUUUGGGUAGAGAAGCUACUUUUAUUGAGCCAAAAGUAGGCCUAAAUUGAGUUCUUUAGUAAGCGCACUAUGCGCCACUGAGAACAAGUUGUUGUAAGUUGUUGAUGAUGAUGAUGAUGAUGAUGAUGACAUGAAAGUAUGGAGCAGAACAUAAUAUUAUUAUCACAGGGAUACCAAAUGUUGGUAAUUGCAUUCAGUAAUGCCAACACCAACUUACUGGCACAUACACUCACAGAUGUUUGUAAAUAUCUUCAUCUCCUUAUCUUUUAAGGGAUGGGGUGUUCGCACAAUAACCUUUGUUGACAAUGGAAGAAUCUCGUUUUCCAAUCCUGUGCGCCAAACACUGUUUGAGUUUUUGGAUUGUCAGGACGGAGGCAAGCUCAAGGCUGAAGCCGCUGCUUCCGCCUUAAAAAGGAUAUUUCCUGGUGUGGUAAGACAUGAUUAUUGUUUAAAACAGCCCAAUUCUAGAAUAUGAGUAGUGUCAAGUUUUCCUUUGGGAUAGAAAAGCGAGUGAAAUACGCUAACACUCGAGUUUUUAUAACUAGAAGUGCCCGAGUCAGAUCUGACUAGCCAAUGAGAUGCAGUUCUUAUACUCUCAGCCCUAUUUUGUAACUACUGACGUUUUUGGUGAAGACCUGAACACCACUUAAACAGCAGAACAGUAAUCGAGACUAUUCUCGUAAACUGCAGAGGUUUGGUCUUGGCGAAGUUAAAAUUUGAAUGGUCUGACUAAUUAAAUCGAGCCAUUGCUUUAGAUUUCCUGAGUAGGGGAUCUAUCUACAUCUACAUCUACAUUUACUAAUUGACAACGCUUUCGCAUCAAGUCAGAAUUAAAUGAAUUACAAUAUCACAAAUACAAUAAUAGAAGAAACAUGAAAUAAAAGAAAUAAGCGUAAGGGAGAUAAGUAUCAUCUGCACAUAUUUAAUGAUCAGAAUUUGACAAGUGCUACUAACAUAGCAUGUUGCUGGAUUACUUUCAGAAUGCGUCAUCUGUUGAGCUGUCAAUACCUAUGCCUGGACAUUCUGUUGGCCAGUUAGGUAAAAAGCAUUCACUCAGGUGUUUCGAUACAGUUUUUCAGAGGCCAAUAGAUAUUACUAUGACAACAAUAAACAAAAAACUUUGAAAUUGAUAAAAAGCCGAAUUUUGAGUGAUCGAGACCAGCUACUGAAAAUCCAGCACUAGGAACUUAAAGUUUGGUGUUUAGAAAACAAUCUCCGUAAGAAGUAAAAAAUUCUGUACGUUUGAAUUCGACUAAAACGAAAAUAUAUUUUAAACCUUAAAUUUUCAAUAGCUGUGAUAGAUUAUUUAAUAUAAACGUUAUAAAUGACUCAAAUUAAUCUUAAGUAGCGUCAGAAUGCUACUUAAUAUCAUGCAUAUUUUGAUGCUAGGAAAUUUUGGUGUAUUUUCGUUCUUGCGAUCUUGAAAACUAACCCGUUUUCUCACCACCUGUAUAAGUGCAACUUCAUUCAAAAUUUGGACUUUUAGCGCUUCUUUGUAUAUCUCUGAAACGACUAGAACGAAGUCUUAGACAUUAUUAUAUACAUUAUGGAGAUUAUGUGAAGAGAUUGAAAAGAAAUUCGUUCGACCAUAAUUGAGGCAGUUAUGGCAGGCCGAUUUCUUAAAAACACUCCUAGUACAGAGAAACACAAAGAUAAAUAAAAAACGUAAUGGUGUCAUUACGAUGCCAUGGCGACUCCUAUUGCAAUAAAACCCAGACCAUAUUAAAUUUUCAUCUUUACAAAAUACAGUUGUGGUAACCUUUUUCCCAUAUCUUUACUCAUGCCGAAGUAGUUAAUGCUCCAACUUGGGAGGUAUCCCCCCUAAAAAAUGUAGUCGAGCCAUCGUAAGAAUAAUCUGAGUCAUUUAUAACGUUUUUAUUAAAUAAUCUAUCACGGCUAUUGAAAAUUUAAGGUCUGAAAUAUAUUUUCGUUUUAGUCGAAUUCAAAGUGAACAUACAGUAUUUUUUACUUCUUACGGAGGUUAUUUGCUAAACACCAAGCUUUAAGUUCUUAGUGUUGGAUUUUCAGUAGCUGGUCUAGAUCGCGCAAAAUUAGGCGUUUAUCAAUUUGAAAGUUUUUCGUUUAUUAUUGUCAUAGUAAUAUCGAUUUUACUAAAACCUACAUUUUGACAAAUUUCAAUCUAUAGUCAAUCAUUUUUGAAAAUUUUAUAGCCGGCGAUUAGACAAGCUUGCCAUUAAAUCACUUUUAAAGCGAUUGAAAAAUAUCGGUAUGGCCUCUGAAAAACUACAUCGAAACACCUUAAAUAAACUCAUGCGUUAACUUUUUUGGAACACUAAAUUGCAGUUUUUAUUUUAUCUCCUCUAGUGAUCAUCUGUUGUGAAGUUUUGCGAUUUGUAAUUAAUGGAUUUUGUUUUAUGGUUUCAGAGGAAGCAGAGAAAGUAAAACGAGAUGUGAGUAGACUUGAAGAACUUAUUGAAAGUCACGAUGCAGUUUUCCUGUUGAUGGACACACGGGAGAGCCGAUGGUUACCCACAGUAUUAAGCGCUGUAAAAAACAAGGUAUAUAACAAAACUACAAUGUCAAUCCCAUUUACAGCUUAUAAUUUCAAGGCCUAAUGAUGUCUGUAAGAAUGGCUGUAGUCGACGACGGCUUUUUGAGCUGUGUAAGCUGUUAUUAGGGACCGGUCAUUUUUUUAUCGGUUGCGGGGUACUGGUGGGAUUUGAGCGUGGGCCACGAAAAAAACGGCUUAACGGCAUCUGUAGUACUGCAAACAGCCUACCAGAAUGCCGAAAACCAGCGUUUCUGACGUUCGGAAAGUUCAGAUUUUCCCGGGAAAGCAUGCUUCUGGACCCCCUACUUAAUCGCUAAUUAUUUGGUUAGCUAGUUUGGUCGACUGCUAGCACGGACAACAUAGAUUCUCUUUCGCCAGUCACGGGGGCCGGGGGUCAUCUCAAUUAAUUUGGGAUACAGGGAGGGUCGGCACCCAAAAUUUAUAAUGAAGAGGAGGGGUCAUCGUAUACUCCAGGAGCUACCCGUCAAAUCCCACCAGUCCUCUCCUCCCCCGCCGUAAAAAGUGAACGGUCCCUUACCUAGUAAAGCUUCAACGCCUUAAACAACUGGAAUGGUGAAUAGACAUGACUCAGUUAAUAUUUCGUUUGAUUUCAUAUUCCAAUAACAACAACAGCCACACGAACAGAGGAUGAUCCACCUGUGGCUUUUCUUUUUCCUCUUAUUAAUGAAAGUGGAAACAAACAAUUCUUUUAAUCUUCUGUGACUGCUUACAUCUGCUGCGAUAUUGUUGUUUAAUACUGUUACCGUUGUUCUCAGCUCGUGAUCACGGCAGCACUUGGCUUUGAUACAUUUCUUGUCAUGCGACAUGGUUCAAGGGAAGUAGGAAACGUCGUAUCACAGGGAACAGCUCCUUUCAGUGCAAUUCCAGGCUCCUCGCUUGGUUGCUAUUUCUGUAAUGAUGUUGUGGCUCCUGGAGAUGUAAGUUUGUUACUACAAAAACUGGCUUUGUGUAUUGCCUCUGACCUAGUCUUGGUAUCUCGCAUCAAGAAGAGAAGAUCAAAUUCGAAUACAAUUGGUAUUGUUUUCUGUUGUAGAAUUGGCAAUAUUUGGUCAUUUUUCAAAUGGCUCAGUAAAGAAUGGUGUCUUUACACGUGCAAAAUUCCGACUACUACCGAGGCGGCAAAUUUGAAACAUAAAUUACUAUUUUGCCGGCACGGAACGGAGAGCUGGGUUCUAGUGUAGCGCGCAAGGUUUCGCGGUUAGGGGGUUUGAUUUAGUGACCGUUUAAUUAUGCGUGUGGUAAACCGCAUCUAAAGAGAGCUGCUGUAUGGUCAAAUCUGUAUUAAGGGCUCAUCCUCCAUUACGCGAUCACUUACCAAAGUCCCGGAAAUAAUUUCUGAAGUGUAAAACUGAUCCCUAUUAAGCUGUCGCGAUUACCUUUUCCAAGGUCCCAACAACUUAUUUAUUAAUUAUUCUCCUUUCAAAAUAUUUUCCGUUUUUGAUUAACUCAAAUCUAUAACCAGCCAGCGUUGAACAAAUGUGAUAUCCGAUAUUUAAAAUGACGUCAAUAGUGCAGACUGUGGCCAGAAAAGGGUAACGAAACCUAGAAACCUUUGGAGCGAGGUUGUGUUAACUCAGUCGUUUUGGUAGAGUUGGAGAAAAUUGCGGAAACUUUCAUACGUUUGGCGGAGAAGAAAUAGCCGAACUUCUGCCUAAAAGCAUAGCAUAGCCGGGCUGCAUUAAACGGUCAACCUGUCAUCAAGGGUGACUGUUGCUUAACACAGGAUUGACUGUAUAUGGUUAUACACAAGUAAAUUAAAAAUGUUUCAUGUUUGCUUACUCGCAGUCCACCCGUGAUCGCACCUUGGAUCAGCAAUGUACGGUGUCCAGACCAGGCAUGUCUUACAUUGCAAGUGCUCUAGCAGUAGAGCUCUUGGUCUCUCUAACGCAGCAUCCUUUAGGGUACGUUUGGUUGUCAUGUUAUCACUGAAUGAUCGACUAUUACCCAUAAAAAUUGGAUGGACUACGUAAAUAAUGGUGUGAUAUUCGUCAGCGACACCAUUAAUUAACCAUUAAAUAACUAAGCUUUGGACGUCGGUUUGCUCUCACUGAGGACUGAACAAAAGACCUUGCGGAGUGGAGUGAAUUUAAAGGGCUAUACUUCCAUUCAUUUGUGAAGAGAAACUGGUCGUAGAGGUGCUAAUCUGUUCCUCUUCCAACGUAAGCCCCCAAUCCCUUGUGUGCGGGAGCAUUGUGUAUAAUUAUGUAACAGUCCCUCAGAAAGCCUUGGAUAUACCCCAUUGGUGUGUAAUCUGUCUGUUGUGUAAUGAACCUGCUUCAUUUAUCACGCUGAAUUAGUUGUUACUUAAGGGAGGGCUUAUUUGGCCAACAUUUUAGCGUGGUGGUCCUUAUAAUCCGCUGUUUCUUUUACACAUAUCUUUUUACUGUAGCAUGCGCAGUAUAUUCCUUUGUACGGUAGAAAGGUUUUUAGUCAAUAAUUGUCAUAGUAUUUUUUAAUUGUUGUGUUCCGUUUGUAGGAAUGGGGCUGCAGCUGAUACGAGUGCAAAAGAUGCACACCUAACAGCUGAACUCGAAUGUCAUCUGGGAUUAGUACCACACCAGGUGAGACCGAUCUCUUUGAAAUAGUGUUGUAAUUGCAAUUAUUGCUUAGCCCCAAAAUAGCUCCCUUUCUGAUGGGCUUAAAUCUCCCGGUAAUUCUUCAUAACCAGCUACCGUUGGCCACACUGAUUUGGAAGAUUUUGCUGAUAUUCUUAAAUACGGUUAAUAGACCUUUCUAUCUUAAAAUAGUUUUUCCCAAUUUAGACCACGGGAUUUUCUUAAAGGAAUUUGGCCUUGUUGUUUUUCAUAAAUUAUGCAUUCGAACGCUCGUGGUCAGGACAACGAUUGAAGGAAACAGUUCCCUGGGCUACCAUUUCGUGAUUUGAAGUAAUAUAUCAAACAUGAGACUAAGUGUUUCAUCCCCAGAAGAGAGUUGAAAAUACGACGCGCAGGGGAGUAUUUUUGACUAGGUGUUUCAUCUGGUGAUGAAUCACUGUGUCGAAUGCUUGAUAUUUCUUCUUAAACAAAACGAUUUUAGAAGUAGAAAUUAAGGAUGCAAAAAUGAGCAGUUUUUCAUCUGAUUUCUCAACACUCAUUCAACAUUAAUUUCCUUUGUAUUUUAUGAGUUACUGAUGAAUUUGAGAAAUGGGAAAACAAAGCAUCCAACCUGAAAAGGUCUAUUGUUUAAAAAAAAGGGAUUGCAGAAGGCGCGGCAGCUCAGCUGUUUUCGGUAAAGCUGGAAAAAUUGGUGGAAAAUUUCACACGUUUUACAGAAAUAGAAAAGAAAUAGCCGAACUAUGGCUUAAAAUAAUAACUCCUCGCAAAGCGUUUCGCGAAAGCGAGUUUAUAAUUUUGUCCUGCGCGGAUCGCGUGAGGAUCGCAAGCGGAGUGCGAUUUUCCUGGCUACUCAAACCCCAGAUAUCCAGUGCUAUUCACUGAUUCACUUCCAGCUCUUUCAAGCUCGCGUACGUUACGAUUAAAAUGGCUUCCCGGUCUGCUACCGUAACAAAAAAAGAAAUCUCACAAAUAAUGAAACAAGCUGUUCCCGAAAUACCCGAAGAAGGUGACGAAUUUUAACAGGUAAAGCUUUGUCUGUUUGCUUGAUUGACUUGACUUGAAUUUAUGGAUGAAACCGGUGAAAAAGGUUUUUGUUUACAAGCGCAAGUCUUGCGUUAGUCUUUACGUCUCUUGCGUUUUAAGUCUUGCGUUAAAUGCCGAGAAUUGCAAGCUGUACGACGUCGUCAGCAAGAGACUUCGCGGGGGUUUUUCUAGCCUGCGAGCAAGCUCUCUGUUUGGCGGGUAUCGUGAAAAGUGGACGUACGAGAGGCACGCGAGAGGAGACGCGAAGGCAGGGUCGGGGGAGAGAAAGGCCUCUCGGCCCCUCGCGGCUUCGCCGCUCGCUCAUGCGUUCUCGUGCGGCUCGCUUCGCUCGCCCAAACAGGAGAGCUUGCUCGCAGGCUACGGUUUUGCGAGACACCAUUAUAAUAUCGCUUUAUCCGCCAUAUGUUCUUGGUCUUUAAAUGCGACCAAAUGAGUUUAAGUACGGCUCUUACCGUCAAAACUCUGCUUAUUUUCCUCGAAUACAUCUUUGAAUUAUUGAUAAAUACAGCUCUACCCGCUUCAAACAGCAUUUACGGGCAGAAUUUCAUGGGCAAAAACGUUAAACAUAAUUAAUUUAACAUGCACAUUUAACAUUCGGUGUCGUGGUGCUAUAGACAAGGCGAUGACCUUACACGUUAAUGGUCCAGGGUUCGACUUCCGCCGGGCGAAAUUUUUUUCUCUUCUGCUCUUGGUAGCCUGCGAAAGCAUCUGAUGUUUUCGGCUCUAGUUUCACCCGCCGAGAAAAUAUUUUUCGGAGGGAGAGAAGCGACGACCGGAAUACGUCUGCGGUUCGCAGGCUAUCUUUUUAGUCAGAAUGCAUGCGUGACCAAGAGCCGAUUACUAGUAAUCGGCUCCUGCAUGCAUGUAGUUUUUUCGACGAUGAAUGGGAUGUUGUCCAGCUCUUUACAUUCUCACGGGAUAGAGAUCAGCCAUUUUCAUCUGGUCAAUUGUAUCGAUUGUGGACAGUAUGUUGUCAACGCUUCAAGCAUUAGCCAAUCGUAGUUUUGAUUUGUUAGGGCAACACAUAACUCAUUUGCUCUGGGUGUGGAAGCAGUCUCUCUCUUUUCUUCUUGGGCUACCUUGCUCGCCCUCGCGUGCACUCUCCUCACUAAAUCUGAAGAAAAAGAGAGACUGCUCGCAGUCUACGUUUUUGUUGUCCGGUGAUUCUGUUUACCGUGAAAGCAAGUCAUUUGCCCAACGUGAUAAGGAUGUAGAUUGUCCGUGGAAGGCGCCCAACACUUCCGCUUUAAUUAUUGACCAGAAAUCACGACGAAACUAAAAAGAUGUUUGACGCGAAAUAAUCCCAGACAGAGCUAACGUCAAUGGUCUCAUUUUUGCUGCACCAAUUGUGACAUCACAUAGGUAUUAAAAAGCUCAUUUGUUAAUUUGUUUUGUAGAUUCGCGGUUUUUUGUCAAGAUAUCACUUAGUUCUUCCUGCCAGUCUGGCCUUUGACAAGUGCAUUGCCUGUUCUUCUAAGGUGAGGCAGUUCAUUGAAUAUUCUUGACGUCGGCGUUAGUAUGUAGUUUCCCUUGCUAUUACCGUUGUGACUGAUGCUGAGAUGAAAAUGUGUGACAAUAAAUAGAGGAUAUUACACGGUGGCGCGAAGAUAUGAAUUUUAUUUUCGAGUGGCAAAACAAUAUUUUAGGAACGAGCGCAGCGAGUGAGUAAAAUAUUGUUUUUGCAACGAGAAAAUAAAAUUCAUAUCUUCAAGCGGCCGUGUAAUGUCCUUUUUAUUAUAUAGACAAAAAGACAUCGAUCAAAUAACAGAUUUUUAUUUGCCAAAAAGUAAUUGUGACAGCUCAGAUUUACAGUACAGCAAUAUAAGACAUUGGUUACAAUAAUCUUGAGAAAUAACACUGACCUGAAUAGGGCUCUACAAUGACAAAAUAUAAGCAAAACUUUGAAAAAUGUGUAAGUAAAAUUCAAAAGACGCAAGACGCCUACAAAUUUCGAAGGAAAAUUACCGAAAUUAUGUUAUCGAUAAACUCACGUGUGAGAUCAUAAGUUAUGAAAAUAAACCACUCGGGUCCCGGAUAUAUUUUUUAUGAAUUUUACGAGUGGCAUAUUUUCCAGUAAAACACUCGUGUCUACAUAAUAACAACGAGUAAUUGUAAUACAUAUAAAUACGUACAUACUUUAUUUGAGUAGGUUUAGGAAGGCAGCCAAAAGCUGAUGUGGACCUACUAGUACAAAUAAUUACAAAAUAGAGAUAGCAACAUAGGCAAGAAAUAAAACUAAUAUUUUAAUAACAGCAGCUAAGUCGAAUGUAAGACUCCUCGCAGUCUAACCUAAACUGGAACCGCUCAUGAAAAGUAUCUGGAAACCACCGUAGGGAAAAUACUGUCAAGUUCUAAGAAACUGAAAUUCUUUCCUAUAUGGAGUACAUUUUCAACCCUUUCCCCGCACGAAUCCGUAACUAUUGUCAUUUUCAAGGACUUUUUGCGUGCAUUUGACUUUUGGAUACUCAAAUUUGCUUUAUAUCCAGGUGCUAUCAAGCUACAGAGAAGAUGAAUUUUCCUUUCUCAUGAAGGUUUUUAAUGUUCCAAGCUACUUAGAGGACCUAACGGGUCUAACACAACUACUACAGGAUACAAGAGUGAGUGAGGUAAGUCAAUAAUGAUAUUAUCACAUCGGAUUACAAUCGAACCUCCACUAACGGCUACCUCUCCACAACAGCCACCUCUUUUAAUACAACGGCCACUUUUUUCCGGGCAGACAGUCCAUUCAUAGACUCUUGUUUACACCUCUCUACAACGGCAACGGCCAAGACAAUGGCCAGUUUUUCAGCGUCUGACGAAAAAGUCAAGAAUGUUCACGAAAUUUGAUCUGUAUUGCGCGUCGAAGAUCAAUCGUGGCAAUCGCAUUUUGAUUGCUUUUUGAUUGUGCUCCAUUUAUAGAUCUUUAUACAGCUGCAGUAAGCAAAAAUUGUCUACAAAACUUAUAGCGUUGCGAACCUUGCACGUUUUUUCAUGUUAUCAUUUUGAUUCAAAACAUUAUGUAAGUUUUUUAGUUUGUAUUAUCUCGAUAUAGUGUUUAUUUUAUGAUUGGAUUACCGUUAUAGGCUACAGUAAGCAUGAACCUGCCACAAUAAACAUGUUCCUCCACGUUCUACUCCCCAAAAAAUCACCCCUACCUUCCCAUAACGGCCACUUUUUCUCUGUCCCCAAGGUGGCCGUACUGUAUAUGUGCGGAGUAAAUGUACGGACAUUUCCAAACAAACGACGAACUUACCUGAAUCAAUAGUUUGGAAACGGACUUCAUACCUCAUUGUGUACUCCCAGAAAAUAUUCGCCCUCCCACACACACACACACACACACACGCAUGUACGGAGGAAAACGGAAAUUCAGAGGGGUAGGGUGUCUAAAAGGAGGUAAUUUCCGAGGGGAUGGGGGGAGGGGUGACCGCUCGAGGUCUUUUCUCCGGGGGCUCCAAGUAAGAUUGGGGAGUUAUUAACAACUAACAGCUGUUCUUUUGAGCAAGCUAUCAGUUAUUUUACUGUUCAUCGGUGUUUCAAAGCAAAAAUUAUCUUGUAUUUGUGGUCGGCUGGGUGCUUUUCUCACGGCUUGCACGAUAGUUUAUGGACCUUUUUGUAGCACUCGAUUGUCGUCGGCUCAUUAAUAAAAUUGGUUAUCUAUCUGCAGUUGCUUUGUGACACAAUAUAUUGUGGUAUUCACUGUAGUGUGGUCAUGUUCUAAUAAGCCUUCUUCUAACAUGAUUUUAACUGAAAAGAAGUGAUUCAAGUUCACUGCUUUGAGAGAUGGCAUAACUUGUGUCGUGUACGUCUGUACAGCCUCUAUUAACCUAAGCGACUUACCGUUUAUAAUUAACUAAGAAAGACCUCUAAAAGGCAAAACUGAGAUUAUUUGACACUGUGUUAACAUAAAUAAAAUUUUUUUUGUCGUUUUAUUGUAGAAAUAAUUAUCUUUCACAUAAAAGUAUAGUGCAACGGCAUUUUUGAGGGAAAUAUUCUUUCCAGGGGGUACCCAAUCUAAGUUGGAAAAUUACGGAAAUUCCAGGGCUUGGGGUCUAAAACAAAAGUGCCCUCCGUGGGGGGUAUGGAUAUUUUUUGGAACUACCAUUUAGGGAUGGGCGUGAGUCCUUGUGAAGACUCAGUGUAUUCAAAAUAGGAUUGUGGAAAAUCAUGCCUCAAUGUCCGUUGGCCCACCUUUGUUGUUUGUAAAAAUGGAAAAAAGUAUGAAAAAAGUCAUACAUUGAGAAUAGAUAAGCACAAGAAUUCCUUUGAAAGUGAUCUACUGUAUUUCCAAAAGAAUAGGUUCCGUACAAUAAUUAGUGAUACUUUGUGAGCAUUCAAAUCCAAACUAUAUCUUUUUCUCCCUUUCCGGCAGCAUUCCGUUCUCACUGAUAACAUCCACUCCUAAAAGCGAUCUAUCCCUAAUCCGAUGAUAGGCAGCAGCUAAUAAUGGUAAUGAUGGCGCUUAGUGGUCUGUUUAUGUUUGUAGGUGUGGGAGAUGAGUGAUGACGAAAUACUUGAGUAGUUCGUCGCCAUGUCUUUAACUUCAAGCGUUGCGGGAUGCGUCAUUAGCGACUCUAGAAUCAAAGCUCAAGAUGAAAUACUGUCCAGUUAUGUUGAGUUUGUUUUCAUCCAGUUAGAAAGCCAGCGUUUAAUAUACAACAACCCAUGAAGGGGAAUAUCGAUUUUAGUAUUUGCCAAAUCUGAUGGAUAAAAAUUGUUUUUCAUUCAGUAAAUAAAUGCUAUGGACAUUUUUCACGUUGCUUUACUUUAAUACACCUGAAAAAAAACGGGCAUGACAGUGUGAGGUAAUCACAUGUUUGCUUCAAUUUUAUGUAGAUCUAGUUCAACUUUCCACCGAAAACAACUUUAAAAAAAUAUUCAGGGGCACCCAACGGGAAAUUUUGAGGAAAAGACCUAAAAACAACAACAAAGCAUGAUUAAAGAUUUCUGAAGCCAUUUUAAGCAUUUUGGGAAAAAUUUGUCUGUUAAAUAUUCUAAGAUAUAUUCUCUCCCUAGCAUACUGAAAUCUCUAUUGCCACAAAAAAGAAAAAUGAUUAGAAUAUGAAACCUUUAAAAAACCGUUAAGUUUUGCACCGGGGGGGGGUACUCGCAGAAAAAUUGGGUAGGGGUGUGCGGCCCGCUUCCCAAAACCCUUACCCUAUUUAUGACCAAAAUCUGCGAUUUUCCCUACCCUAUUUAUGACCUAACCAAAAAUUUGAUACCCUAUUUAUGACCUGACCCUUAAGUCAAUACCCUGUUUCAGACCUGCCUUAUAAUUAUUUCCCUAGUUCAGACCAAUGUUAAAGGCAAUGUUUAUCUGCUUUUAUUAGGUUAGGGGGACACGAUAAGGAAGUAGCUUCUUCUAAAAAGGUGCAUUCAAGACUACAGUGCAAAAAUCGUUACCCUAUUUAUGACCAAAAAGGCGGCAAAAUAGCCAAAAUCGAUACCCAAUUUAAGACCAAAACGGCUAAAAAACCCUACCCUUUGGGGCCGCACAUACCUAUAUAGCCCAUAUUAGGGAGUACCCCCCCCCCCCCGGGGUUUUGCACCUCAAAAAGAAAAGUCGACAUCGAUCAGUACUUACAGACCCAGUACUUACUUACUAGUAAUAACCAUAGGUCACGGAGUGCGGGCAACAACGAAGCGCUUUUGCUCGAUCGCUGUGCUUUGCGUAAGUUUCACGCGACAGAUAGUCAAAACACGCGUGAUCAUAUUUCCAGUGAUAGCAAAUCCAAACGCGCGUGUUCAAAUUGAGUUCUGUGCAUUCCAUUCAUUCUUAGUGGAAGUCCAAGCGCGCCAUUUGUCAUAUCUGAAAUUGCGCCAAAUUAGAAUUAACUCCCUUUGUCAUUCAGAAUCUGUGAUAAGCCACAGCACGGAAGUGCGCGGAGUUGAAGAGCAUUAACCGCCAAAAACACGUUGCUUUAUCUGUUUAUAUUCCAAGCGGCACGUAACAAGACAAUUAUAGCUUCCUCAACGUUCACCCCCAGCAUGCUGGGUUUGUACAACUGAAGGUAAGCGCGGCCCUUUUUCACUCACUUUAAUCGAAAGCAGAACUCAUACCGACACGCACCUUUACAAUCGUUAAUUGUGCCAACGACAAAAUUCUCGCAUCUGAUUGGUUCUCAUCAGUCCUCAUUUAUUGUAAAAAUAAUCGGACGGGUCAAAUCGGCAAGUUAAACAGCCGAUAAAAUGGUGCUAGCCAAUAAAGUUUAACAAUGAAGUGGAUGCUAGCAAAUCAAACCCGUGAGCCGUGAGCAAGUUUCCCAGCUUCAGUUUCAUUGACACAUUUAAGUUUUUAAAAAGGGUAUUUAAAAUAGUUCAGGCAGUUGAAGCUCCAAAGUCGAUAAUCUAUCCGAAAGUUGAAAGCCAUUUUUUUUUGUUUCGGAGGCUAUAAGAUGAUCAGUAAUAAGGGUUUUAAAUUGAAGUAUAUAUUCCAAUCCUAUGAUUCUCCCACUUUGUUAUUGACACAAUUAUUUGGUGGUAGGACUUCGUGUCAAACAAUUCAUCCGACGUAACCACUCAGCCAAAUCGAACGCUUUAUUAGUCGAACUUAUCGAACGAUUGGGUUCGGUUAAGUUCGUUAAUCGAACACAAUCACAGUCUCACCAAAAAAUUUUAGCUAUUGAACCCAGUAGAACUUUGAUUGAAUUCGAUACGGUUCGAUGAUCGAAGUUUUCAAUUCGAUUGAAAGUGGGACGUUAUACAGCAAAAUUAACAGACCUGCUACUAGUAAGGCUGUAAAGCGAUGUGAAGGAAAGAUAAUUUGCAGCGCUAGGAUGAGGGUAAACACUUGGUUAACAGCAACCUACUAUCUACAGGCUCUUUUAAGUACAUGAUAUUGUUAGCUUUCACGGAUUUCGAGCGACCGUGGAGCAUAAGUAAUCUGUCCGAGCGUCAGAUGAAGGGAGGUUCUGCGCAAAGAAAACCACUCCACCAGCUCUAAGACGAUACGUACUAAAGUCUCUAGAAUCUACGCCUAUGGCCGAAAGACGCUCGUUAAUUAAUUCUCUAGCCCUCGUAUAACUGAGUCUUCUGGAACAUAGUGCAUACGAAUUACUGUUCUUCAGAAAUCGCACUGCCCCAAAAUUAUAGAGUGAAGAAUUUCUAUUGACUCUGACGCAGUCAAAAAAGCAACCGAUGAGAACGUAAGGACAAUUAAUGCCUCCGAUCUUGGAGAUAAAUACUUUGUUACCUUCCCUAUAUUGAUCGGUUUUGCUACACUUAAGAAGGAUUUCUAAAUAGUCAUUAUGUACUGUUACAUCGGAAAAUUGCAAAUCCGGUAACUCAUUAAUCCUAAAGAGACCAUAGAAUCCUAAAGCAAAUAAUAAGGCUGUGCGCAAAUCCUUGAGAUUGCUAUUGCUGUGAGCUAAAGUAUCGGGAGAGACAGGCUCUUUUUUCCUGAAAGAUCUACUAAACAAACGCUUACCCAACUCGACAAUAUCUACUGGGUUACCUAGAGGAGAAUGGGGAAUAAUAUCAUAACCCACUUCAAGGAAGAGAAAACCGAAGUGAGGACGGAAUAAGAAUUUUUUAUGAGAGGUAUUCGGAUACCAGAAAACUAACGCAGGGGAGAGUGAAAACCGCUCCCUUGGACUUGAAAUAAGCACGAAAACUUCUCGAGUGAAGCAUAUAUUUUCUGACAGUGGAGAUAGUUUUUGAUGAAAGCAAUUGCCCUCAGCAUACGCUCUUUCUGAAUACCGCGAAUUUCAACCCACGUGGAAGCAUUCCGCAAAUCCUGAAAAAGUAACUGAAAAACUACAAAUCAAAGUAAAGCAUGCUAGGAAAAGAAUUCGUUGUAUAUAAUGCAUAAGAUGUACACCCUACCGCAGUAAAAGUGCAGGCGUAAAAAAAAUUCCUCAACUGGCAAACACAAAAGUGCCGCGAAGAAAAUUGUAAUAGCUAUCCGGCAACAAAAAAAGAAAAACCUUAUUAGCCAUCCGGCGAAGGCCUGAAAAAAAAACUCUCCUAAAACUGAAUAAUUAACUCUGCCAUCCGGCAAAAAUAACGGGAACAAAUAUCCCGAAAAAAUCCAGUGUUCAAAAAACCAGGGGCAUAUCAAAUGACAAAAGUGCUUCCAGGGGAACCCUACGAAAACACAAGCCUUACCUCGAGGAUAUGACCGGACCAAGAAGGAGAGCCUAAGAGUGAUUUGGUGUUGCGCCCUAGACGCAAAGCCAAGGCGCCCUCAAAAAACCGAUAAUCAACUACAAACCUCCAAAAGGUCCGAACCAAAACCAAUCUCGUCCCCAGAGCCUCCGUUACGUUUGUCCAGCGGAUGGGGCAAAAGGAUCGCGGCCUCUGGGAACGAGAUUGAACCAAUAGAGGCCAAAAAGGGGCUGAAGGCCAGCAGGAGAGAACUAGCGUGCCCUGGGCCUUAGAGUGAAACAUAAAAUUAAACACUUUGGACAAGAGAACGACAGGGGUUACCACCCAACAAUUUUCGCCCUGCCAAACUUGAAAAAAUGCUUCAACGCCAGAGGAAACCCGGGUUCCAAAACCUAGAGAAAAAUCUAGGAACUUUAUAGUUGUAAAACGUGGCAAAACAGUCGACGGUAUGGGGACCCCAACGGCCAUCCAAUAGAUGGAAUAUUUGCGGAACAACCUCCCAAUCAUCGUAGUCAAUAAUUUUACUAAGAGCAAAAAAAAAAAGUCGGAAGCCAAAUUAUGCACGUUGAAGUGCAUGCUACCAACCUGAAUGACUCUAGCAGCCCCUUGGCUGUCAGUAAACCAUUUUACCCUGGAGACAAACAUAAGCUGAGCCAAUGAAACCGAAACAAACAGGAUGGUUACCAAUUCACGAUAUGUGGAACUUUGCGAACGCUCAAAAACCGUGAGCAUUGUGUGGGUGUAAAUAUCCGUACCCGAAACAUGAUCCCCUGAGCACCAUCCCAAACAAUGCCCAGCCAAACAAUGACCUGGUCUACGUUGGCGACAAAACCCGCCGACGCAACGUUUGAACUAAUGAGGGAAGAGCAAGUACUAGAUGAGGCCUCGCUCCUGAAUACCCAGAGACCUCCAAUGUUUAACCAAUGGUCUAAAGAGCUUUUAGAAAAUAUAUGGAGCGGACGAUGACCCAAAAGGAAGCACGGUAAACAUGAAAAAUUUCGUGUCUCCUUCCGGCAUAACCCAACUGCAACCGAGGUAGGCGUGGUGAUCGGGAAAAAUAUCUAAUGUGGCGAGCAACCGUUUGCUUUUCCAUCGAGCAUGCGCGUCCACGUGAUGACUACGAAUAUACAACGACAAGAAGGCAACGAGAACUUCAACAAAACAGUAGGUUUAAUAAGCAAAACAGCAACUUUGCACAUGCAUCACGCUUUUAUUUUUGCAUUUCUUUGCCAUUUUUGCACGACUUCGACGUGAAGAUGCCUAAUUUUGCCUUUUAUGGAGUGCGUAAACAAGCGAUGACGAAAUUUAUUCUUCUUUUCGCUCUUGAACUUGGAUAUGGUCCCUUGGAAUUCAACUUCAUUUGGGUUCGCCUACAUUUGACAAAGUAAGUAGAUAGGAAUAAAUACUCCAAAGAAAUACUGAAUAUCCACAGCAGACUUGCGUUAAAGCAGCAAUUGUAAGCGUAAGCAAAUGCGCUGGAGCCUAAACUUGCUUUCAAACAGGAUUUACAUGUUUAAAGUUAAUUUAUUCGUCCAUAGCGCUGGACGGCGGCUCGAUCAAAGAAGCAGACGGCUGCUCGCAGUGGUUUCUCUCCCUUCGUAGCGUAG